UGGUUGUGGCGUUUCCGGUGGUAAUUUUCUUAGUGGGAAAAAUAUUUUGUGUAGCGAGUGAUGAGGACGAGUCAGUGAAACACAAUCCGACGCAGUCCUCCAGAGCUCACGUCGUUGUAGAGUAAAGUGUACUUACUUACAGGCGUACUUCGAUGUGCCCUCAGUGAAAAAGGGCGUGUAUUAAAGUUUGCGAGUAAUUUCUACAGUUUAGGUUCUCUUGAAUUUUAUAAUGGCAUCGCCAAACGGAGAUGAGGAACUGGACGAAUACCCAGAUGGUUCGGUCAGGCUGCGGAAUCCCAACAUAGAGCUGAUGGAUCAAGAUAUUCUCUACCACUUGGCGCUUGGUAGUGGAUCUCACGACCUCGUUAGCAUGUUUGGUGACGUCAAAUUUGUGUGUAUGGGGGGGACACCCAAACGAGUGGAGCAGUUCGCAUUCUACAUAAUGCAGGAGAUAGGACAUAAGCUGCCGGCCGGUACAACACUCUUGGACAUUAGUCAGUUUUCCUACCGAUACUCCAUGUAUAAAGUUGGUCCUGUACUGUCCAUCAGCCAUGGAAUGGGAAUUCCAUCUGUGGGCAUUUUGCUGCAUGAAGUCAUUAAACUGAUGUACCACGCUGGGGUGACGGACCCCAUCUUCUUCCGUAUUGGGACCAGUGGUGGGAUCAAUCUGGAAGGGGGGACUGUGGUCAUCUCCGAAGAGGCUGUGGACGGAAUGCUCAACCCCUGCUUUGAACUGCCAGUCUUGGGUAAAAUUGUAAGACGACCAGCAAAACUUGACAAAGGAUUGAUCAAGGAGCUGCUGGCCCUGCGUGAUCCAGAAGAUCCUUAUGACACUGUAGUGGGGAAGACUAUGUGCACUAUGGAUUUUUAUGAAGGUCAAGGUCGUAUGGACGGAGCAUUCUGUGAUUUCUCUGAGAGUGACAAGAUGGAAUAUCUGCAGAAGUUGCAACGCAAUGACAUUAUCAACAUAGAGAUGGAGUCAUUAGCAUUUGCCGCAUUGACUCAUCAUGCAGGAAUCAAGUCUGCAGUCAUUUGUGUAGCAAUCAUAGAUCGACUUAAAGGCGAUCAGAUUCAUACACCGAAAGAGGUUUUGGAUGAGUGGCAAAUUAGGCCUCAGAAGCUUGUAUCCCGCUACAUCAAGCGCUACCUGCACAUGAAAGGUAGAAUAUUAUUGGACGACUACUCAGGGUCAAGCUGCGUCAAGAGUCCUCGUCGUUUCAAACUUGUCCAGCAAGAAUCUGAAAGCUAUGAUUAAAUGUGAUAAUAUUUUGUUUAGGUUAUGUAAGUUCAUUGGUACUGGACUGGAGAAAAUCAUCUGAAUUUGACAUAAAUACAUUACCUUAAUGGACAUCUUUAGUUGUAAGGAAAGAAGGAAAUUGUCUAGAAACUAUAAAUUAGAGCAUGCUCCAGAACAUUGUUUACUAGUAUAAUUUAGCCUUGAUACAAAAUUAGAGAAAUGUUUAACAAAAGUUACUUCAUUAUAGGUGGUUUCAAUUGAGGGGAUGUUUUGUAGUAUUUCAAACUGAUUGAUUAGAGGAAUUGAUACUUACUUUUUAGUAAUAAACCUUGUAAAACUUUGGUUUUAAGUCAAAUAAAGAGAUAUAUUUGUUAAA